ACCACCAUGGACUCGAUCGGGACAAGAGAGGACCGCGGAUGAGGACAUAAAACACAUCUUGGCUACUUUUUGGAUUUUCUUAUUUUUUUUCCUGGAUAAUUUGCUUGCUUGUAGAUGCGUGGAUUAUGUUCAGCCACUGGGAGAUUUAACCCCGCGAUGGAAUAUUUGCACUCUUGUCAUUUUCCAAUCUUCUUCCUCCUCCUCCUCCUCCUCCGCCUCCUCCUCCAGCAGCAGCAGCAGCAGCAGCCAGCGAGGAUGCCAACAAGCGAUGCGUCUUUUGCGCACUUUUACCGCCAGCGACACUGACAGCGUCCGUUGCUUUGCCGCCUUUUCCCCCGGCUGGUUGAAGGCGUGAAAAAGGUGUGUAGCGGAGAGGCAGGUAGGAGGGCGCGCGUCCAUCCACUUGAACACGGUGCUGCCAGCUUUUGACGCUUCUAGAGCCCGGAUGUACCGAGGGAUGCACCGGUGCGUUUUCCCGACCGGUUCCGCCGACAGAUCCCUCUUUUUUCUCUCCUUCACCUCCAUCAUGGGGAUUAGGUAAUAUUCACCCCCCCGGCCCCCGCCCCCUCCCCCGCUGAGAAAGCAACGGGAAUAUCCACAAACUGUCAGACUCAUUACUCCCUCCCCACCUUUUCUUUUUUUUUUUUUUUUUUUUUUUGUCAUUUUGUUUCAUUUCUUUCAUUUCUUUUUGGAGGGGGGCCUCCCCCCCUGUUGAAUCCACUGGCAUACAAGGAUAACGCUGGGCUACAUUUAUGGUAAAUGAAAGCAAAAACAUGUACAUCCCGGAGGACACCCUUGAGAACCAUCAAGGCUCCGACUACUCUCCUCCGCCCCCCCUCCCUCGCCUGCCGCCCCCAGCCCAGGCCAAUGAGCACAGCGGGGACCACGAUGGAGGCGGGGUCAACCGCGGCGUGGUGGGCCUGGCCCCCGAGCACAUCGCCACGCCGGGUGCCGCCCUGAGCUGGCAGGCCGCCAUUGACGCGGCGCGCCAGGCCAAGAUGAUGGGCAACGCGGCCUCGACCGGAGGGGCGGGGCUGGUGUCGGGAGGAGGCGGGCCCAUCUCCACGGCCAGCUCCACGCAAAGGAAAAGGCAGCACUACAGCUCCAAGCCCAAGAAACAGACCACCACCACAGCCACGCGACCUCCCAGGGCCCUGCUUUGCCUCACGCUCAAGAACCCCAUAAGACGGGCCUGCAUCAGCAUCGUGGAAUGGAAACCGUUCGAGAUCAUCAUCCUGAUGACCAUUUUCGCCAACUGCGUGGCCUUAGCCGUCUACAUCCCCUUCCCCGAGGACGACUCCAACGCCACCAACUCCAAUCUGGAGCGCGUGGAGUACCUGUUCCUCAUCAUCUUCACUGUGGAGGCGUUCCUGAAGGUGAUAGCGUACGGCCUGCUCUUCCACCCCAACGCCUACCUGAGGAACGGCUGGAAUCUGCUGGACUUCAUCAUCGUAGUCGUCGGGUUGUUCAGUGCCAUUUUGGAACAGGCCACGAAAGGCGACGGGGCGGCUCCCAUUGGAGGCAAGGCAGCGGGCUUCGAUGUCAAGGCCUUGAGAGCCUUCCGAGUACUGCGACCCCUGCGACUGGUCUCUGGAGUACCCAGUUUACAGGUGGUUCUGAACUCCAUCAUCAAAGCCAUGGUUCCUCUGCUUCACAUCGCCCUGCUGGUCCUCUUCGUCAUAAUCAUCUACGCUAUCAUCGGCCUGGAGCUCUUCAUGGGCAAGAUGCACAAGACCUGUGUCCACGGGCACACAGGCACGAGAGCAGAGGAAAAACCAGCACCCUGCGCCCCCGACGGCGCUUAUGGCCGCCACUGCAACCACAACGGUACCAAGUGUGAAAUGGGCUGGGAGGGCCCCAACGACGGCAUCACCAACUUCGACAACUUUGCCUUCGCCAUGCUGACCGUGUUCCAGUGCAUCACCAUGGAGGGCUGGACCGACGUGCUGUACUGGAUGCAGGAUGCUAUGGGCUAUGAGCUGCCGUGGGUCUAUUUUGUCUCUCUCGUCAUCUUCGGCUCCUUUUUCGUCCUCAAUCUGGUUCUGGGGGUGUUGAGUGGAGAGUUCUCCAAGGAGCGAGAGAAGGCCAAGGCUCGCGGUGACUUCCAGAAACUCAGAGAAAAACAGCAGCUGGAGGAGGAUCUCAAGGGCUACUUAGACUGGAUCACUCAGGCUGAAGACAUCGACCCAGAGAACGAAGAGGAGGGUCUGGAUGAUGACAAACCUAGAAACUUGAGCAUGCCGGCCAGUGAGAAUGAAAGCGUCAACACGGACAACGCGCCAGGGGGCGACAUGGAGGGCGAGACCUGCUGUACCCGUCUAGCAAAUAGGAUCUCCAAAUCCAAGUUCAGUCGCUACUUUCGCAGGUGGAACAGACUGUGCAGGCGCAAGUGCCGGGCGGCGGUCAAAUCACAGGUUUUCUACUGGCUGGUCAUCUUCCUGGUUUUCCUCAACACGCUCACCAUCGCCUCGGAGCAUCACCAGCAGCCUCAGUGGCUGACAGACGUGCAAGACAUUGCCAAUAAGGUGUUGCUGGCACUCUUCACCGGCGAGAUGCUGUUGAAGAUGUACAGUCUGGGUCUUCAGGCGUACUUUGUGUCGCUCUUCAACCGCUUCGACAGCUUCGUGGUGUGCGGCGGCAUCCUGGAGACUAUCCUGGUGGAAACCAAGAUCAUGUCGCCUCUCGGCAUCUCCGUGCUGCGUUGCGUGCGGUUGCUGCGAAUCUUCAAAAUAACCAGAUACUGGAACUCUCUCUCUAACCUGGUGGCCUCCUUGCUCAACUCGGUGCGCUCCAUCGCCUCUCUGCUGCUCCUGCUCUUCCUCUUCAUCAUCAUCUUCUCCCUGCUGGGCAUGCAGCUCUUUGGCGGCAAGUUCAACUUCGAGGAGACGCGCCGCAGCACCUUUGACAACUUUCCACAGUCGCUGCUCACCGUCUUCCAGAUCUUGACUGGCGAGGACUGGAACUCUGUGAUGUAUGACGGCAUCAUGGCGUACGGUGGACCGUCCUUCCCGGGCAUGCUGGUCUGCAUCUACUUCAUCAUCCUCUUCAUCUGUGGAAACUAUAUCCUACUCAAUGUCUUCUUGGCCAUCGCUGUGGACAAUCUGGCCGACGCGGAGAGUCUUACUUCUGCCCAGAAAGAGGAAGAGGAGGAGAAGGAGAGGAAGAAGCUGGCCAGGCUGGGUACUCCAGACAAGCGCCACAACAACGAGAAGCCUCCGCUGGAGCAGAAGAAGCGUGAGAAGAUCGAGCUGAAGUCCAUCACGUCCGAUGGCGAGACCAACAUCGCUACCAAGAUCAACAUGGAUGAUUACUGUGGAGAUGAAAGUGAGGAGAAGAAUCCAUAUCCUGCUAAUGAUUACAUAGGUGAUGAUGACGAUGAAGAGCCAGAGAUGCCAGUGGGUCCCAGACCACGACCCCUCUCUGACAUCCAGCUUAAAGAGAAAGCUAUCCCCAUGCCUGAAGCUCGCGCCUUCUUCAUCUUCAGUCACACCAACAAGUUCAGGGUUCUCUGCCAUAAAAUCGUCAACCACAACAUCUUCACAAACCUCAUCCUCUUCUUCAUCCUGCUCAGCAGCAUCAGUCUGGCGGCAGAGGACCCGGUCAAAAUUGACUCCUUCAGAAACCAGAUUCUGGGCUGGGCAGACCACGUAUUCACUGGACUCUUCACCAUAGAGAUCAUUCUCAAGAUGACCGCCUAUGGAGCCUUCCUCCACAAAGGCUCCUUCUGCAGGAACUACUUUAACAUCCUGGAUUUGGUGGUCGUCAGCGUGUCCCUCAUCUCCUCAGGGAUACAACUAGACUUCUCGACGUCGAGUGCCAUUAAUGUAGUCAAGAUCCUGAGGGUUCUUCGAGUCCUUCGACCUCUGAGGGCCAUCAACAGAGCCAAGGGGCUGAAGCACGUGGUGCAGUGCGUGUUCGUGGCCAUCAGGACCAUCGGCAACAUCGUCAUCGUCACCACGCUGCUCCAGUUCAUGUUCGCCUGCAUCGGCGUGCAGCUCUUCAAGGGCAAGUUCUUCACCUGCACCGACAGCUCCAAGCAGACUCAGGCAGAGUGCAGGGGGUCCUACAUAAUGUACAAGGACGGCAACGUGGCCAAACCUGAACGAGCACUAAGACAGUGGGAGAACAGCGACUUUAACUUUGACGACGUGCUGCAAGGCAUGAUGGCUCUGUUUGCUGUGUCCACCUUUGAGGGAUGGCCAGGACUGCUCUACAAAGCCAUCGACUCUCACGCAGAGGACGUGGGCCCCAUCUACAACUACCGCGUGGUCAUCUCCAUCUUCUUCAUCAUCUACAUCAUCAUCAUCGCCUUCUUCAUGAUGAACAUCUUUGUGGGUUUUGUCAUCGUCACGUUCCAAGAGCAAGGAGAGCAGGAGUACAAGAACUGCGAGCUGGACAAGAACCAGCGUCAGUGUGUAGAGUAUGCCUUGAAGGCCCGCCCCUUACGCCGCUACAUCCCCAAGAACCCCUACCAGUACAAGGUGUGGUAUGUGGUCAACUCCACCUACUUCGAGUACCUGAUGUUCACCCUUAUCCUUCUUAACACCAUCUGUCUGGCCAUGCAGCAUCACGGCCAGACGAAGAACUUCAACGACGCCAUGAACAUCCUCAACAUGCUCUUCACGGGGCUCUUUACCGUGGAGAUGAUCCUCAAGCUGAUUGCCUUCAAGCCCAGGGGGUACUUUAGUGAUCCCUGGAAUGUGUUUGAUUUCCUCAUCGUAAUUGGAAGCAUAAUAGACGUCAUUCUAAGUGAGAUCAACCCAGCUGACUCCUCCUCGUCCUCCUCCUCUUCGUCCUCCUCCUCUUCCUCCUCUCACCCCUCUGUGGUAAGACCAAUGGGUCUGCAGAAUUCAGAGGAGAACGCCAGGAUCUCCAUCACCUUCUUCCGGCUGUUCCGUGUCAUGCGGCUAGUAAAGCUGCUGUCCCGCGGGGAGGGGAUCCGUACCCUCCUGUGGACCUUCAUCAAGUCCUUCCAAGCUCUACCUUACGUGGCUCUCCUUAUAGUGAUGCUCUUCUUCAUUUACGCCGUCAUCGGCAUGCAGAUGUUUGGCAAGAUAGCACUGCGGGACCACACGCAGAUCAACAGGAACAACAACUUCCAGACGUUCCCUCAGGCGGUGCUGCUGCUCUUUAGGUGUGCGACAGGUGAGGCGUGGCAGGAGAUCAUGCUGGCGUGCUCGCCCAACCGGCCGUGUGAGAAAGGCUCCACCAAUGAGAACAGCACAACCAUCGAGGACUGCGGCAGCCAGUUUGCCAUCAUCUACUUUGUCAGCUUCUACAUGCUGUGUGCCUUUCUGAUCAUCAAUCUCUUCGUGGCUGUCAUAAUGGACAACUUUGACUACCUGACACGUGAUUGGUCCAUCCUGGGGCCGCAUCACCUUGACGAGUUCAAGAGGAUCUGGGCCGAGUACGACCCGGAAGCCAAGGGGAGAAUAAAACACCUGGAUGUAGUCACCCUGCUCAGAAGAAUACAACCCCCACUCGGCUUUGGAAAGCUGUGUCCUCACCGGGUCGCGUGCAAGCGUCUAGUGUCCAUGAACAUGCCUCUGAACAGCGAUGGAACGGUCAUGUUCAACGCCACCUUGUUUGCGCUGGUCAGAACCGCACUGAGGAUCAAGACGGAAGGUAAUCUGGAGCAGGCCAACGAGGAACUGAGGGCCAUCGUGAAGAAGAUCUGGAAGAGAACCAGCAUGAAGCUCCUGGAUCAAGUCGUGCCCCCUGCUGGCGACGACGAGGUCACGGUUGGAAAGUUCUACGCCACCUUCCUCAUUCAGGAAUAUUUCCGCAAGUUCAAGAAGAGGAAAGAACAAGGACUGGUGGCCAAGGUGCCGCCCAAGACUGCCCUCUCUCUGCAGGCGGGCCUGCGGACGUUGCACGACAUCGGCCCAGAGAUCAGGAGGGCCAUCUCUGGUGACCUGACUGUGGAGGAGGAGGUAGACAAAGGUCUGAAGGAGGCCGUGUCGGCCGCUUCCGAGGACGAUAUCUUCAGGCGGUCAGGCGGCUUGUUCGGCAACCACGUCAACUACUACAACCAGAGUGACGGGCGGGCCUCCUUCCCACAGUCGUUCACGACCCAGCGCCCGCUGCACAUCAGCCAGAAGGGCUCGCCCUGCGAAGGCGAGAGCCCGUCCCACGAGAAGCUCAUGGACUCGACCACCUUCACGCCGUCCUCAUACUCUCUGUCGGGCUCCAACGCCAACAUCAACAACGCCAACAACACGGGUGUCGGCGGCCGCUUCCCAAGCCCGUCAGUCAGCACCGUGGACGGCCACGCAGGGCAGCCGCUCACGCCUAUCCUGUUGCCGCGGUCCGCCUGGUGCUUCCCUCCAAAAAGGAGCCAUUUUUUUGACAACCUCAUUCGCUCCGACUCCAGCGACAGUCGCCUGCCAAUCAUCCGGAGAGGCGAGGGCUCAACAGAGGAGACGUACGACGAGAGCUACGCCGACGAGAGGGACUUCCACGAGGACGAACACUCGCUCUCCUCCGACAUCAGGCUGGUGUAUCGUGACGACACCUGCAAGCAGCUGACUCCCAUGGAGGAAGGCGAAGACGUGGAGGAGAGGAGAGGAGGAGGAUGGCAAUCACCCAGGAGAGUCUUCCUCUGUCCCACGUCUUUAGGGCGGAGGUCCUCCUUCCAUUUAGAGUGUCUGAGGAGACAGUCCAGGCCGGACAUCUCGCAGAAGACGGCGGUCCCGCUGCACCUUGUUCAUCACCAGGCGUUGGCGGUGGCCGGGUUGAGUCCGCUGAUAAGGAGGAGUCAUUCGCCGACCCUCUUCAGUCGACUGUGCUCCACGCCACCUGCCAGUCCGACGGCAAAAGGCAGCGACGCCUCGUAUCAGCGAGUUCCUUCGCUGAGGUUAGAGGGCUCCAACUCGCACGAAAAGCUUAACACCAGCUUGCCGUCGGUCAACUGUGGACCCUGGUAUAGCGACAGUAACGGGAACAGUCGGGUGCCAAGUCCUAGCCCUGCCUCCGGCAUGCCGGCGACCAAUCAGAGAGCGCCGCGGCCGGUGUCGCUCACGGUGCCCUCGCUACUUGGAACGGACUCCAGUUCUCACGGCAGCGCCGGAAGUCUGGUGGAGGCGGUGCUAAUAUCAGAAGGUUUGGGGCAGUUUGCGCAGGACCCUUCCUUCAUCGAGGCCACUAAGGCCGAGCUGGCCGACGCCUGCGACAUGACCAUCGAGGAGAUGGAGCACGCCGCCAGCAACAUCCUCAACGGAAACACCCCCAGCGCCGCCGCCACAGCCACGUCUGCCGCCUCUCAGCACAGCCCCAAUGGUAACCUCCUUCCUUUCGCCGCCGCCGCCACGCACAGGGACCAGGACGGCGGGGAGAGCGCCGCCAACAGGGGCUGCGUCCACGGACCGUCCUCUGUGGAGGAGCGGCAGGAGCUGUUGGCGGGCGGGCGGGACCAAGAGGAGUAUGAGGAGGACGAAGAGGCGGAGCUAAGGAGCUCUGCUGUGAUUGGAGGAGGGCGGCGGAGGAACAGCGGGCUGUUGGAGGACGAGGACAUGGAGUGUGUGACCAGUUUGUAGGGUGUUUGCUGGACCACUUAGACCGCCCCGUCCACCCCCCCUUCCCACCCCACACACACACACACACAGUCUGCCUCUCCUCUUCGAACAAUGGCGGCCAGUACGUCUUUGUACGUCUGAAUGUUUGUAGUAAAAUAUAUCACACUAUACUCUAUAUUAUCAGAGUGUACGCUUGUGUGUGGGAGUGUGUGUGUGUGUGGGUGUGUGUCUUGUUUGUGUGCACAUUACUGUGUGCGUGUGUGUGAGUGUGUUGUGUGUGUGUGUCUCUAAAGUGCCUCACAGUUCUAUCACGUCCUCAAAAGUGUGACGAGCAAAGGAGACGAAGGAAAAAGAAGCCGUUUGUCGUCCUUAUUUUUUUUGUCCCCCGUUUGUCUGGCCGCCAUUGAGCCGGGGGACGGCAAGUGCGAAGACGGACGUUCGCGAGGUCAAAGGCCAACCCCUCCUCCUCGCCAAUGAUGAAGAAGCGCUGUAUCGUUUUAAACAAAAAGACUCCUUCCUUGCCCUCCUCUUCCAAAGUUAAAAGGAGUGCCCUCCCCCCCACCCCCCUCCCACCACGCUGUGGGCGGGGCAAGGCGAGAGGCGGACCUACACACAGAAGUGGCUGACAAACUUUUGAGCGACACCAUCAUGGCUUCCUUUGCUGCUUUACUUUGCCCACUUGUCCUUCUCUCCUCAUACCUCACCUGACUCCACCACCGCCCUUUUAGUUUUCAAACAGGACUGUCAAUCAUUCCGUCCUACCCCCACGGGAUUGGAUGCCACUCUCUACACAGGCCACGCCCACUUUACUUAACCUGGCACGCCUUUUUCUUGUUUUUCUACUGUGCUGUGUUAAUUUAUCCUCGAUUUGUUUGCGCAAUCGAGGUGCUGGUCUUUAUGAUUAUUUUCAUUUUAGGUGAAUUUUAAGCGGUUUUACUUGUGUGUGUGUGCGUGUGUGUGCGUGCGUGUACGAAUGUUCUCUCUAUCAGUAUGCACCUUUUACAGAUUGUAUCUAUUUAUUUAUUUAUUUUCUCAGAAGAGAGAAAUGUGUGCACGUGAGUGCUUACUCAUGUACUCUUUAAAGAAAAAAGCAGAUUUUAGUAAUUUAAGGUAGCAUUACAAGUAUGGUGUGUGUGUGUGCGUGUGUGUGUGUGUGUGUGUGUGGUAGUAGGCCUCCUAACAGGGUUACCACGGACAGGCAUGCUUCCAAAGCUCUAUUUUCACACUUAAUCAUCUUUUUUUGUUGUUAUUUUGUUUCCAGGUAGACAGGGGUGUAUUUGGCCGUAACACACUGUUAUUACUAUUAUUAUUAUUGUUAUUGUUAUUCUUUUUACUAUUAAUUAUCUCCAAAUGAACUCUUAGGGCUGAUUUAAAAGAUGCUGCAAGAAUCCCAUCGUGAAACAUUAUUUUGAUUUCAUAACUAGGUGUAUUAUUAUUAUUAUUAUUAUUAUUAUUAAAAAGUAUUUUUGGUGGUUUAUCUUGUAGUAGCAAGAAGGAGCAGUGAAGAGAGCGCCUCCUGCUGGCCGCUUGUGGUCCACUACAUUACACCAUAUAAAAAGAAUUCACGAUACAAUGUGCGGCUUCAGUAAGGUUGUAAUUCUCACUCCGCACCAGUAGAGGGCAGUAUUUACCAUAAAUGGUGGCUGUCGGUGUGAAAGUGUCGCCCCCAGAGGCAGAAAGGGAUAUUACACGGAAGUUGAAUUUCUCAACAACAACAAAACUCAGCUCUUCUUUGAAGUAUUCUGACAUUAAUUCACCGUUUUACCUGUUUUCAUGGCAGGCAAGCGAACGCACCACCAUCACACUGCCAGGAACUUCAUAAUUAUGCAAACUAACUGUGAAUGUGAUGUGUGUGUGUGUGGCUCCAGAAGCACUGUUUUAAUUUAUUAUUAUUGUUAUUAUUAUUACUAUUAGCUACAGUUCAUUUUUUGCAGCAUAUAAGUAAUUAGGUGGACGCGUGUGCUUUUAAUGGCAGGUUAGGAUUGUUUAUUUCAAUUUAAAAGACACUUUCUGUCAUUUAAAAGGAUGUACUUGAAGGCCCCGGAGAAUAUCCCUUGACCGCAGCGUUGAAAAAAGCAGGUGUCCAUUGAGUAAGAGUUGUGUGUUAGCGCCCCCGUGUGGACAGGAGGAUUUAGGCGUGUUUUCCCUGCAUCCCACAAGAUAUGCAAAAACAAUGCAAUAACUGACUGUCUGCAAGGUUCAUAAGAUGGUGUAUUUUCUAGAAUAUGCCAGAGAAACCUAACAUACUUGAUAUCAGGUGAUAUAUUAAUUGUGACGAUGUGUUUACAACUGAUUACAUAUUGUUAUUUUUUGUGGUUAUUUGCCUGCAGACGCCUGAAUGGCUCACUUUGAUUAAUUUCUCCGUUGUGUUUGGGUUAGUCAUCAUGCAGUCAUUUUUAAACAGAGAGAUGCUUUUGCAUAUCUUGCGAGAAGGACAGCAGGUGUUUUAUUGUGAAAGGGCUGCUCCAAAUUAAAGGUUAGCCAUAACAUAUAAAGGGAAGUUUUGAGGGCCAAAUAUUUUUUCUAAGCAAUUGAAUCCCUUUUUGGGGACGUAAGAGGUGUCACAUGAAUGUGUUGGCAGGAAGAGGACCAUAUUUGGUCAUGUCACAUGACAAGAAACAUGUUGCGAAAGACAAAGAAGUGUUUAAUAUGACUUUCCUGCAUGGCUUUUUCACUUCAGAGCAGGGAUGGACUCACGUUUCCUAAUUAAUCAACUGUGAGGAAAAUUAAUUCAGAAUUAAUGCGGAGGUGUCCAAAAUGCGUUCUAUGGUUUUGAGUUGAUUUGUUUUCCGAUGAGGGGCCGACUUGUCCGGGGUCUAAUCUGCCUUCCGCCCGAGUGCACCUGGGAUAGGCUCUGACGCCGAGAGAGACAAGCAGUGGAAAACAAUAACAAACAAAAAAACAUUUGUAUUUGGGUUUUUAGACACAUACAGUUGACAGGACUACUCCACAAUACUGUUUUAUACACACACACACACACACAC